UAGGGAAAGCGUGGGUGAGCUCUGCAGCCAUGCCAUGGUGAGCGACAGGUAGCUGUCCCCAGACGAGGAGUGACCGGCCAUGAAUGGAGUGACCUAUGAUGAUGUACAUAUUCACUUCUCUUGGGAAGAGUGGGCUUUGCUGGAUCCUUCCCAGAAGAGUCUCUACAAAUAUGUGAUGCGGGAGACCUACAGGAACCUCACUGCUAUAGGCUGCAGUUGGGAAGACUGUAAUAUUGAAGAAGGUUGUCAAAGUUCUAGAAGACAUGAAAGGCAUGAAAGAAGUCAUACUGGAGAGGAACACUAUGAAUGUAAUCAGUGUGGUAAAGCCUUUGGAAGUCAUGGUCAUCUUGAAAUACAUAAAAGAACACACACUGGAGAGAAACCCUUUGAUUGUAAUCAAUGUGGCAAAGCCUUUGCACAACACAGUUAUCUUCAAAAACAUAAAAGAAUACAUACUGGAGAGAAACCUUACAAAUGUAAUCAAUGUAGCAAAGCCUUUGCACGUCAUAGUCAUCUUCAAAGGCAUAAAACAACACAUACUGGAGAGAAACCCCAUGAAUGUAAUCAAUGUGGCAAAGCCUUUUCACGGCACAGUUAUCUCCAAAUACAUAAAAGAACACAUAUUGGAGAGAAACCUUACAAAUGUAAUCAAUGUGGUGAAGCCUUUGCAUGUUACAGUCAUCUUCAGAUGCAUAAAAUAACACAUACAGGAGAGAAUUAUGAGUGUAAUCAGUGUGGUAAAGCCUUUGCGUGUCACAGUACUCUCAGGAUGCAUAAAAGAAUACAUACUGGGGAGAAACCUUACAAAUGUGAUCAAUGUAGUAAAGCCUUUGCUUGUCACACUCAUCUUCAAAUACAUAAAACAACACAUACUGGAGAGAAACCCCAUAAAUGUCAUCAAUGUGGUAAAGGCUUUUCCCGGCACAGUUAUCUCCAAAUACAUAAAAGAACACAUACUGGAGAGAAACCCUACAAAUGUAAUGAAUGUGACAAAGCCUUUGCAUGUCAUGGUCAUCUUCAAAUGCAUAAAACAACGCAUACUGGAGAAAAACCUUAUGAAUGUAAUCAGUGUGAUAAAGCCUUUGGACGUCACAAUCAUCUUCAAAGGCAUAAAAGAAUACAUAGUGGAGAGAAGCCUUAUGAAUGCAAUCAAUGUGGUAAAACAUUUGCACAUCACAGUUAUCUCCAAAUACAUGAAAGAACACAUACUGGAGAGAAACCUUAUGAAUGUAAUCAAUGUGGUAAAGCCUUUGCAUGUCAGAGUAGUCUCAGAAUACAUAAAAGAAGACAUACUGGAGAGAAACCUUAUGAAUGUACUCAAUGUGAUAAAGCCUUUGCACAUCUCAGCAGUCUCCAGAGACAUAAAAGAACACAUACUGAGGAAAAACCAUACAAAUGUAAUAAAUAUGAUAAAGUCUUUGCAUAUAUCUACAGCCUUUGAAAUCAUGAGAACAAAUCAUCACAGAAAAACUAUAAAUGUAGUGAGUGUGGCAGUUUUGUACUUCAUGGUAGUCUAUACAAGAGUAAAACUUUU